AUGCAAAAACCUUCGGAUGAAAGUGUUUCAGAAAUUAAAGUGGUAGACUUCGGUUCUAUUCCCGUGGACAGUGUAGUUGAAAAAUAUGUUAAUUUAGAAAAUACAGACGAGAAAGUACUUACGUAUCGAGUUUCCUUGCUGUAUUUACCAAACGGAAUCGAUCGUGUAUUCAAAGUGUCUCUCACAGACACGGUGGUAAAACCAGGAGACCUGGCUGAAAUUAGGAUACAGUUUAAGCCGAAUGUGGUCGGUCAGUCUUUCACAGAAUACUACAUAGUUGAUGACACCGCAGGGAACAGUUUCAGAUUGACCAUCCGUGGAAAAUGUUUUGGUCCGAAAGUAACGCUGAGCGAACGAAAACUAGAGUUUAGAAUAUGCAAGAAUGUUUCGGAGCAAAGAAGAGAAACAAUUCAGAUUGUCAAUAAAUCUUCUGUGGAUACAACAUACCAGUGGUUAAUGCCUUUAAAUGGUCAAGGAUUCUUCCAAAUAUCGACCGGUAACUGCGGCCUCAUAAGAGCAUACGAGACAAUCAUGGCAUCGGUCCUCUUCUCUGGUACCGCACUUGGAAUUUAUACAGCUGAACUUGUAUGUUUGGUUUUGAAUCAGGAUCCACUCUUCCUAAAUGUAGUCGCUACUGUGGUAUUACCCGGCAAUCCGUUAUUUAAUAUAACCGACCACGUUUUCGAAAAGAGUUGGAAGCGUAAAAGCCGUUACACUCACCUAAUGGAGAACAGCCUCAACCGGUUGGGAUACAUACCUGCUGCUUCGGUAUUUGAAAGAUACUUGGACUUUGGUAUGGGAAGCGUUUCAGACAUCACUUUGAACAUAUCACAGACUUUGUGCAUUACUAAUCAUGAACAAGAUGAAGGAUAUAUACAAUGGGUGCCAGAUGCUGAUGAAGUAUUUAUGAUUGAUCCAAUUGACUCUGUGAUCCCAGGAAACGAAUCUAGGCUGUUUACUGUUAGAUUCAGGCCCAAAUUGGCGAACGAAGUAUUCGGGUACCUGAUGUGCGGCGACUUCCAAUACAAGCAAUUUGACCCCGACACGGACGUGGUGAAGCUGAAACACACGUGGUUUCGAAUACCCUGCGUUGGUAACACAUGGCCACCUUGCACGCAAUGGGGUGCAGACUGCGACUGUCCUACUGAGGUUACAUUGCCACCAACUGUGCCAACGAGAACAACAUUCACCAACUUUAUGUUGUCAAACAAAUUAGAAAUACCGAUGUAUUACAAAUUCGAAGCACCCUAUGCUACAAAUUUCGUUGUGAUGCCCAUGUGUGGAAUUGUGCCAAGUCGAGGAUGGCAGAUCAUAUCCGUGGCAUUGGAGCCUAAAUCUUAUGGAGAAUAUUUUGAAACAUGGAAUCUUGUUAUCAACAAAGCCCAUAAAGGCGCUUUCAAAACCACACGACUGACCUUAUGCGGGAACGCGGAGGUCAGCCACGUAGAAGUGAUGUCCCACGGAAUCGCGCCCGCCACCCACGCCAUGUAUGAGUUCCAGCCCACCAUUACUGGUUGCACUAACUAUUGCACCGCUUACCUGCACAACCUCACGAGGAUGGAAGUCCACCUUAGGAUCCUGAACAGCGUGUCAUGGUUGGGAGCUGAUCACGCGGGCUGUAUUGUUCUGCCGCCGAAGGAAAUAGUCCCAUACCACUUCUGGUUCUUCCCCAAGAUCGCGGACAAAGUCUACGAGACAACUAUAACGUGCUCUUGCGUUUGUUUGAUCAAUGAAAAGCCUGUAGGAGAACCAACGGAAAUUUUUAUACGCAUAAUUGGAUUUUCGGAGUUUCCAGAUUUAAGGGUGUUACCAAAGAAAACAAAUCUUCACGACAUUGUUGUGGGCGAAAGUCUUUCGUUUUCCGUCAAGCUAUAUAACUAUGGAAGUUGCUUCUUUACUUCACAACUGUUCCAUGAAAUCGAUGGUAUGGGGGAUGACUUCAGCACUGACAGGCUGGAAAUAGUUUCCACAGUUAAUAGCCUGAAACCAUCGAAUCAUUGCGAUGUAAUGAUGACCGUUACGCCAAACGGCGCCGGGGCUAGGAGGAUCUACAUCAAAUACAGUGUGCUUUAUCGCACAGAAGAUGGAGAAAUUGAGGAAAUACAACCAGUUACGAAGACUAUUUGCACCAUUUGGUAUGAUGGGAUUUAUCCUACAUUAAAGGUGAAACGAACAAUAUCAACAAAAUGUCCGAUUAUAUUGAGCAAUCACUGUGUUUGGAAUAUCGUUAAUGUUGAAGAAUUAAACAAAGCCUUUGUGGAUUGCCGUCCUAACAAGCCUCUGUCAGUCAACAUCUACGCGCCUGAUUUGUGCGUGCGCACGGGCGGCGUCGAGUUCAUAUUCGUGAUCGGUUGCAUAUACAAUGCGCCUGUAGCAUGGAGAAUGAGAAGGGAGAAGAUUUGCGAAUGCGAAAUGAUCGAGGUCCAAAUUGGGAUAUCAAUGUAUGAGAUGAGGCAUACGUGCACUCACAGACGUUUGGUGCAGUUGUCACCACUCAGCGGAAUUGUUACCCCUGAUACACCAAACCUGGUUUUCUUAAAAGUAGACUACGAAUUCGAGGGCGCCAACGUCCUUUGCUAUCUAAUAACGAUGCCUAACAAUAGAACGAUUUACCUAUACAUCAACUUAUACGCCCAUCUGAAUACGAAAGGUAUUCUGACUCCUUUGAGAAGAUGCGUGGGAGUCACAGAAUACCUGGCUGUUUUGAACUGUGGUCGUGUGCCAAUCAAUAAUCUGGAUCCAGUUAUAAGAAUCGUGUGGUUAUACAACCCGACGGAAGUGUUUACAACGUGGCGUCUAUUGCGCGGGAACACGAUUUCUCCCGACUCAGUGAUUCGCUGUUUGCUGUAUUUCGCCGAAGUGCCACCGCUGGGCAAAUUGGCUAUACCAUUCUCAUUUAUGCCAACCGAAAUGGUAGAUUACGAGGUAGUAUUCCUCUGUUCGUUUGGUUACGACACGGAAAAAAUAAAAGUAUUUGGGCAGGGCGGUUUGCCCAACUGUAUAGAAACAAGGCUCGACAUACCCAGUUAUGUGGAAAGGGUAAUUAGAUCCGCGUAUAGGAAAGAAGUCAUAUAUCUUUCCGUCGAACACAUAACGAUACCGAUGAUGCCCACUCAUUCGUUGUCACGAGACAUCAUUGCGAUUUGCAACGAUACAGACAGCAUCAUACGGUUUAUUUGGCUACCCGAAAGAAUAGCAAACAUCAUAAAUAUAGUAAUGACCCCAUGCUGGGGGGUAAUUCAGCCUAAAACUACGGAGUGGAUCACGAUGACCGUCUACACUUUGCAAGAACCGGCCACGUUCACAACAACUGUGGCAUGCGAGAUUCUGGAUCUGACCGAGCGAAAAAAAUACCAGCGAAACGAGUUACUAAGGAGGAAUAAAAUAGAGAAAUGCAACCAAGAAUUUAUCAUCACCGAAAAAGGUUUAACUCAUCCAGGCAUAAAUGAUUCCCCUCCCUACGUAUUGGACAUAGUAAAACCCGUGCCGUUUUACUUGGCAAUGACAGUGUCAAUAUGCUCUAAAGGCCAACGGGAUGGCUUUCCCAGAAUGCUUUUGAAACAAAUGUGGGAGCAGACUCCGGCAUACGAUCUGCUAUCAUCGGAUCUCAGCGAUUAUGGAGGCAUUAACAGAUCCUCCACAGGCAACAAUAUGACUACUGCUGACAUAAUACGUGUUAUAGAUGGUGUAUUGUGGGAUGCCCUUCACAGCAAGAUGUUUAAGAAUCAAAUUAAAUAUUUAGCGAGGGAGGAAAUACCAACAUAUUCUCAAUUAGUGAAAAUGAUUGAAACUGAUAAGAAACCUCGUUUGAGUCGCAGAGUAACCUCUGGGAUAUGCGACGCCAUUGUCAACAAAGCUGUUUUCCACGUCUACGGUCUCAACCCUAAACAUGACAAUAUGGCUAUAUUGGAAGCUGAGGAAUAAUCCCUAAUUUUUGUGUUUAACAUUUUACUAGAUACAUUUUUUAA